GGAGUAAAUAUGUACGCUAUCUAGAUAAGAUAAGAAGAUCCUAGCUAUGUACCUAUUUAGUUAGCUUCGGCAUAGUUAACACUGAACGUGCUUCGCAUCUUAUAGCACUCUAUUGCACUCUUACAUGCUGUAAUACGCAAACGUCAGAAACUCAUCAAUGGCUUGAAGUCUACAACAAUUAUCAUCCAUCUUGCAAGAGGGAGAUGGGAAACCUGUGCUAUUCUCCCAUUCUUCAGUCACUCCUUUACUAAAUAAAACCUUCCUUCGUACAUUACUUCUGAAUUUCAUCUUAAUUCAUCUUCUAGGCUUCACUACUUUGUUCGACCGAGUCGACCGAGAUUAUGACGACAUCGUCGCCCUCCGACCAGUCCCUGGCGCCUCUUCUGCGUUCCGAUUCAUCCUCCACACUAGGUCCUCCAAGUUCGCAAACAUCCAUUAGCGAUGCCAUUCCGAUAUCGAAGCUACGGCAAAAGACGCGUGCUUUACGCGCUCUCGCCUUCAUCGUAUCCAUCGUCGCCGCCCUCUGCGCUGGCUCCAUCACCGUCUUCUCCCUCUACGGCCACCUCUUUCAGUCGCGACUACACUACACACAGUUCCAGAUCAAUGGAAUCGCUAGUGCCAUGAGCAUCUCCAUGUACAUUCCGGUCCCGGCGAUUGGGUACUUGUGUGAUCGAGUAGGACCUAGCCCGCUUGCUCUGUUGUCAGCCAUCCUGCUCGGCGGUGGCUACGGGUUGGCGGCCGGCUUGUACAAGAAAGGUUCAGCGGAAGUAAGCGAUGGAGGUAGUAGCGUUACAUCUACAUUUGUCCCCAUGGUCAUUGCCUUUGUAGCCAUCGGCGUCGGCACUGCUUCCUUAUAUGUUGGAUCCAUCACUACAUGCGCCAAGAACUUUGGCAAAGGCAAAUACCGAGGCUUGAUGUUAGUUGCACCCAUUGCUUCAUUUGGCCUCGGCGGGAUGGUCCUCAGCCAGAUCGGUAGUCGAAUCCUUUACGAAACCCAGCCGGAUGGGGGUAGGGGGGAUGUGAAUGUGUUCCAUUUCUUCUUGUUCCUCUGCAUCAUCUUGACUAUUAUCGGCCUUAUCGGCACCUUCUCGUUACGAAUCAUAGACGAGGAAGACCUCAUUGAUGAGGCAGUAGAAGAGCUUGAGAGGAGCGGGCUCCUUGAGGGAAGUGCCGUCUUCCGUCGCCAAGCUAACCGAGAUUACGGUACUAUCGAUUCUACAGCUGAAGAUGGUGGCAUCAUCGACCCCUCUAGGGAUGACGAUGAUGACGAAGACAAUAAUGCUAGACUCAAGAAAGCCUGGCUUCUUAACGCUGAGACUAGAAGGUUUUUGUCGGAUCAUACUAUGUGGUGGUUUGCUCUCGGCUUUUGGCUCAUCAUCGGGCCCGGCGAAUCAUUCAUAAACAACCUCGGCACCAUCAUUGGGACCUUGUAUUCCCCUAAGAUGAAGAUCCACGAAACCUCAGCCGCAACUCACGUUUCUAUCAUGGCCACUGUGAGCACCGUUGCCCGUCUACUUGCAGCAUCGAUAAGCGAUUUGCUAUCGCCUAGCCCCCAUAGUUCACACGUUCAAACAGGAGUGCCUUCGUCUCUUCCACUCCUGAGACAGAAGUUAUCGGUCUCGCGAGUUGUUAUCUUUAUCGCUGCUGCCGGUAUUCUGUCUUUUGGAACACUCGUACUAGCCUCUGGUGUAGUUCAGGAACAUGGGGAACGUUUCUGGAUUGUAUCCGGUGCCAUCGGAGCCGGAUACGGAGCGAUAUUCAGCAUGAUGCCUAUCAUUGUCACCAUGAUCUGGGGUGUUGAGAACUUUGGUACCAACUUCGGUAUCAUCGCGCUCACCCCGGCCCUCGGCUCUACGAUGUGGGGCCUUGUCUACUCAGCUGUCUAUCAAGCAGGUGCUAGAGACUCACCUCUUCUAACAGGAGAUGCUAGUGGUGAAGACAUAUUCUGCUUCGGCGCAAAAUGCUACUCCUCGACGUAUUGGGCGAUGACCGUAUCUGUUUGGAUCGGAACUGUCAUGGUUCUAUGGGCCUGGAAAGGUCACGAUGGCUGGUCCAAGAGAGGUAUUGUGAUCUAGAGAUAUACAUACCUGAUACAUAACAAAUGUGUAUACAGAACUAACAGAUAGAGCACUAUCUCACCAUCAUCUAUCUAUCAUCUUAGCGAGAAUCUAUUUUUACUUUUUAGAGAAAUUGUUCCAUAUUGCACACGCAUUGGGUUUGGGGUUAUUAUUUUAUCUACUAGAUAACUAGGCAUUAUGUUGGGCGUAAUGGGUCGCCAUAAAUGCUCUAACCAAAGAUUGGUCGCAAAGGAUUUGGGCGGCGUUGUCCAAUGUUUUUGAUUUCAAUGAUGGCGAAGUUCAAAUAGGGUUAUUAUUAGGGUAUCAUAUCAGAUAUAAUUAUAUAUCUUCCUAAUCC